AUGGGCACCUGGGGAAGGUGGGCCUGGUGUCCAGGGGCCAUCGACCUGCCCGACUCUCUUUCGUGGGCUCCGGGACAACCGGACAAUAAUCAGACCAACGAGAAUUGCCUUCAUUUGCAAGUGACGAAAAAUGCGAGCGGAAUAAUUUUGUCAGACCGGAACUGCAGCCUCAAGUACGUCAUGGCUUGCCAGUUGGAUUGGUUGGGCGCGUGGAAUUAUUGCUGCUCCAUUGGAAUGAAACUGGCCUCGAUUGAGGCUCUUGAGGAAUUGAGUUGUCUCACGAAUAUGGUUGCGAAAUAUCCCAGAGCAGUCUACCCUGAUCAAUGUGGAAGGGAUUUCUGGACAUCUGGCACAAAUAGAGGUUGUCCAGGAGCUCACGUUUGGUGUUCUGACGACGAAAAAUUAAACAAGGAGGAAAUAGCAAACUGGAAAAACGGGAAAAUGCCCUCGGAGAGUGCUGAUCAGUGCAUUUUCAUUAAUUUGUCAAAUUCAACUUUGAGUGAGACCUAUUUAGGUGCUGACUCUUGUAACAAGCAAAAACAGUUUCUCUGUGAAGCCUUGCAACCGGGAAAUAAAUCGGUUCAAAUCGCGCGCUCUUGCUCGGAAAUUUGGAAUGUGACAGAAAAUGAAGUGAAUGAUAUUAUCAUGAAUCCAAGCGGCGACGUCGUCAACCAAACACGCAAUCUCAAAUGUUAUCUAAGGUGCUGCGGGAAAAAGGGGAACGUGAUAAAAAACGGGUCACUGGUGACGGAUGAAAUUUUGCGCAACUUGGAGGACUUGACGGCCGAUGACCCGCAAGCAAUGCAGAAUAGCUUUGAAAAAUUUGAUUCCUGCACUUCCAUUCAGUCCACUGACGAAUGCAACACGAUGGCCCAGAUGUUCCAAUGUGGAAAGAAAAAUGAUCCAGACCUGACUUUCGGUCUCGUAACUGCCAUCAAAGGAGACGCCACUGUUUCAGUAACUGCUACAGGGGGAAUUAAAACCGGCAAUAGAGUAUGUCCUCUUUAUCUAGCAGCAAGUUGUGUACCAAACCAAGCAAAUAUUGAUGAACUAAAAACCACGGGAAAAUCUUUGGGGGGAGGAGUCUUGUUACCAUCGAAUGGCAAAAAAUACUUUAUGAAAUAUAUCUUAGGAAUUAUGGACUUUCAAGCAGAAGCAGACUACUGCUGCAAACUUGGCAGCCACCUUGCAAUUUUCGAAAGCUUAGCGGAUUUCAACGCUUUUAUGCCUAGCUGGCAAGAUGCUAACGGCGACUUGACUUUCAUUGGAGCGACUUUCGACAACGGCGAUGGCACCGACAGCUGGUGCUUGAACUUUAAGAAGCUGCCAGCAGGAUUGAUCACAGAUAUCAACACAUUUUAUCGCAACCAGCAGUGGAACUCGACUUUUCUAUUUUUGAAUCAUAACGGUGCAUUAAGAAUAGUUCCGACAGGAAUUGGGGCUCACCGAGUUUUAUGUGGCCCACUUCCCUACUAAUUUAUCUGAAUUUUGAUUAAAUUAUUCCAAUCGUAGAAAACCUUUUCGAUAAUUAUUGGAUUCUAGACAUUUUUCUAUUAUAUGUGUGAUUGAUUUUGUGUU